ACAAAUAACAAUUUCCAUAAAAAUUGUCUUUUUUUAAAAAAUUAUCGUAUGUAUGUGUCGCAUACCGUCUGUGAUUUUUUUUGAUGACGAAUGGGUGCAUCGAAUGUUGUGUGUGUGUGUGUGUGUGUGUGUGUGUGUGUGUGUGUGUGUGUGUGUUUGUGUAGGUGUUGAGUCCUCCAAGCAGUCAUAACUUUUUUUCCUCCCUCCUUACAUGAUGAAGAACUCACGAUCACUCACGGCUUCAUAUGCAGAUUUUAUUUUUCAAGCGUAGUUUUUGCCACGUUUGUUCUCUGUGUGUUGACGCUGGAGUUAUUGUUUUGUAUGAAUUGUAAGAUUUUUUGUCAUAGAUCAAUUAAAAGGCUUACUUGGCAGAGUAUUUUAACAGAAAUUAUAUGGACGUUCGCCAUCGUCGACGGUCUUGUUGCCGAGACAGAUAGAGCGCAAGUGAGGCAGAACCGUUAGAACAGAAGUCAGUAACGUAUGUUCGUGUUAUCUUUAAGUGAGUCGAGUAAACAGAAAUAGGAGCCAUGAAGAAGGUCUGUGUCAUUCUGUGAGUUUAGUCCGUUUGUUUGUUGUUUUAUAUGUAUCAUUUCCGAAAUUAAUCUCUUUUGGUAAUUUUCUUCAGUGUCCAGAAUUUUUAUGUUCUUCCAAUUAAACACGCGCAGACAAAGGGAAUAUCAUUGUAGCAAUGGACAGAUCAGAUUACAUCAAAAAUAUGGAACAACUCCUCCAUGACCAAGAAACAUAUUUGAUAAUCAAAAAUAAUCUCAUAAAAAAAAUAGAAAAAGAUCUAAACACUACAAUAAAAAGAUGGUAUGAUAAUGAUUUUAUUUCAAAACAAUCCUACUUCUCUCUCCAUUCAAGUGACUCUACAAUUCCAAAAGCUUAUGGCCUUCCUAAGGUACAUAAAGAGAAUUUUUCCUUUAGAAUUAUUGUCUCCUCGGUAAACACUGCUCUUUAUCCGAUUGCAAAAUUCUUACACAAGAUUAUCAACAAUAGCUUACCUUUUAACUCUAGACAAGUCUAUAAUAGUUUCGAUAUCGCGAAGUCUCUAUCGGGAAUGAAAAUUAGGGAAGAAUAUUGUUUAUUAUCUUUAGAUGCGACAUCCCUGUUUACAAAUAUUCCUCUGGAUUUGGCAAUGGACGGUAUUCGCAAGAGAUGGCCGUCAAUAGAGAACAAUACAAAGAUUCCGUUUGAUGAAUUUAUAUUUGCUCUAAAAUUUAUACUGUCUUCCACGUUUUUCACUUUUAAUAAUGUUUUUUACAAACAGACUUUUGGUACACCAAUGGGAUCGCCCUUAUCACCCAUUAUAGCGAAUAUCGUGUUGCACGAUUUAGAGGAAAAAGCGUUAAAGUCAAUAAAUUUAGAAAUACCGUUCUAUUAUCGUUAUAUCGACGACAUUGUUAUGGCAGCACCUCUGAACUCACUCAAUUUUAUCCUCGAGACAUUUAACAGUUUUCAUAAUAGAUUACAAUUCACCAUUGAAUUGGAACAGGACCGUAGCCUAAGUUUCUUGGACCUUCCAUUAAAAAUAACCGACAAUACAAUCAUCAUUGAUUGGUUCCAUAAAAAAACUUUCUCUGGUCGUUAUUUAUCAUUUUUUUCUCACCACCCAAUAUGCCACAAAAUUGGAACAAUCUAUAACAUGGUGGAUAGAGCACUAUUGCUAUCUCAUCCUACUUUCCAACAAAAAAAUUUGGAAUUAAUUAUUGGACUACUCCUAAAAAAUGGAUAUCCUCUAGAAUUUAUUUUAAAAUAUAUUAAAAUAAGAAUAAAAAAUCUAUUCAAUAUAAAAAUGACACCCAUCAUCACAAAUGCUCAAGACCAGACAAAAAAAGAUGAGAACACAAAAAAUUCAUUGUUGUCCCUUACAUUCGGAAUAUCUCUGAAAAAACAACAUCUUUAUUAGACAAAAAUACAUUUACAGUCGGCUAUAGAUGCAUAAAUAAAAUUAACAAUUUCAUCAAAGUACAUAAAGACAAAACGGAGAGGGACUGCAAUAGCAAUGUCGUUUAUAAGAUCUUUUGUGAUAAUUGCGAUGCUACAUAUGUACUAUAUGUAGGGCAGACGAAGAGACAGUUGAGGACUAGAGCAAAAGAGCAUAUUAACAAUAUAAAACUUGAUCCUUCAAAACACUUAGUCGUAACAAACCAUAGAAUAUUUUUUGACCAUUCCUUCAAUUGGAAGGACAUAAAAAUCCUGGACACUGAAGAAAAUUACCAAAAGAUAUUAAUUUCGGAAAUGAUACAUAUAAAACAACAAACAAACGGACUAAACUCACAGAAUGACACAGACCUUCUUCAUGACUCCUAUUUCUGUUUACUCGACUCACUUAAAGAUAACACGAACAUACGUUACUGACUUCUGCUCUAACGGUUCUGCCUCACUUGCGCUCUGUCUGUCUCGGCAACAAGACCGUCGACGAUGGCGAACGUCCAUAUAAUUUCUGUUAAAAUACUCUUCCAACGUCAACACACAGAGAACAAACGUGGCAAAAACUACGCUUGAAAAAUAAAACCUGCAUAUGAAGCCGUGAGUGAUCGUGAGUUUUUCAUCAUGUAAGGAGGGAGGAAAAAAAGUUGUGACUGCUUGGAGGACUCAACACCUACACACACACACACACACACACACACACAACAUUCGAUGCACCCGUUUGCCAUCAAGAAAAAUCACAGACGGUAUGCGACACAUACACACGAUAAUUUAAAAAAAAAAGAGUUUAGGGAAAAUUGUUAUUUGUAGAAAUUUAAAUCUAAGAGGAAAGAAAAUUCUUUUGUAAAGAGAUGAACUUUUAACUGUAUUAAUAGGCUGAUGAAGGUUAAGUAAAGCCGAAACGUUCCAAUUAUUAGCGACUAUAUUAAUGUAAUUGUAAAUCCUGAAUUAAAUCAAUUUUGCUCGUUAAAUUGACCGUUUUCAACAUUAUACUUGUGUUUAUACACAUUACGAGCGUUGCCUUAUGCUUAUUAUAUAUAUAUAUAUUAUAUAUAUAUAUAUAUAUAUAUAUAUAUAUAUAAAGGUUAGGUAAGUAUGUUAGUUUAUUAUUUAUCAAUUAAUUUAUUUAUAUAUUAUUUAAUUAUAAUA